UGUGUCGAGGGUAAAUAGCCGUAAGUGUAGAAACAAAUGCAAGUGUGGGGACGACGCGAGGCGGGAAAGUAACGAGUGCGGACAGAGGGAACAGGGUGGGGGGAGAGGUGCUUUGAGUCAUCAGUGACACUCGGAGAGAGAGAGAGAGAGAGAGAGAGAGAGAGAGAGAGAGAGAAAGGGAGGGAGAGAGGGAUCAGCAUUAUCCUGGCUCUACCACUUUCUCUCUCUCUGGCCUGCCAUCACUGUGGGCUCUUCAUUCUACAUCAGUGUGGCUUGCUGCAUCUCCACAAUGAUGAUGAGCUCAUAUGCUGAGUGAGAGUGAGAGUGAGAGUGUGAAUGCGAGUGCGUGGACACCUGGCCCAGAUGUGCGUAAUUGGGUGCCAUCGAGGAGGAGGAGAAUACCUUUAACAGACUCUUCAGCAGGAGCCUUGAACAGGUGCAGUCCUCCCUGUACCUUUCUCUCUCUUCCUGUCUCUCUUUCUGUCUCUCUGUCCUUUCUGACUCCAGUGGCUGGCUGAGCUCUUGUCCUCUGCAUCCUGCUCUCCACCUGGCCUCCAUGAGUUUAACUGAGGACAAGCCAUUCCUCCCUGGAAGGUAAGCAGAAAAGCAGUGGGGGGUCCUGGUCAUUUUCAUUGAACACAGAGAGAUUAGACAGGAAGAGAUGGCGAAGUAUUGAUCGUGGCACACUUGUUUGAGUCUUUGCUGUUGUUUCAAAUUGUUGCUUGUUGUAGUCUAGGACAUAUGGAGGAUGUAACGUGCAAAUUUGUAGGAAACUUUUAUUUUCUGUGCAAAGGUGUGAUGGUGUCGUUUAGUUAAAUCAGGCUGGAAGUGGAUGUGAGAGGUUCUCACAAGUAGCGUCAGAGUGUUUUGAGAGCGUUUAUCAGGCCCAUUCAGCACAACUAUGUAGGUAAAGUGACAGACUGUGCUGACUUUACAGUUGAUGAAAUCGCAGCUAAUUAGGUGGGUCACUUGCAGGAUUGGAGAAGAGGUCACUGAUCAUCCCACUCCACAGAAAAAAAAAGGGGGUUUGUCAAAGCAGUCACUGCACGGGCCAUUCUGUCCACUUAGUUUGAGCCUGAUCGCCACUCAUUAUAUCCCCUGACAUGUGUGCCGAAUGCAUGCAUGCAUGAGCUGCCUUAUUGUUGUUUCCGGCACUGACAUGCAUGAGCGGCGAUCUAUUUGCUAGCCAGCUCUCACUCCGGCUUCAAAAUGCAGAAUCAAUACGAGUCGACAGUGACAGAUUGUGAUCAUGUCUUUCUCGUGGAUGGGAAUGAGAUUCGACGGAGUGAGUGACCUUCAGCUGAGUCAAAGGAAACAAAAAAAAAAUGUAAAAGAAGCUGAGACAAGACAUUUACCAUCACUGACACAGAAAUAUUUGCUGUGCCAUCUUUAAUCAGAGCGCGGUUACGUAAUAUGUUUGUUUCAUGAGGGGAAGCGGUUGUGGUUGAGUGAUGAUGACUUACUAGGGUGGCAGAAUUGUAUUUAUUUAUUUAUCUACUUGUUUUGCAUCCUUUGCCGCUGCUGUCCUUCCCACAAGCAUGGAGAUAGGGACUCUGAUAGAUAUCGAAUCUGUACUCAGUGUACCAUGUUUACAACCUUGACAUGCCCAAUGGAUUUACUGUUUGUAUCAGAUCUUUUGUGUUAAACUACUUCCCGACCAGUUUGAGAAGUUCUUUCCAGAUAAUCCCUCAUUUUUCAAUUCCUACCAUCUCACUAAUUCAAGACAAAACAAGAAAUCUGUAAUUGCAACAUGUCGUGCAUAUCUCUGUAUUAUGCAUGCAAAAAAAUCAGCUCAUGUCCAAAAACAUGAAUUCUCAGGUGUAGUCAUCGGGUGACUUAUAGUUCACGACCAGAUUACUGUGCGCUGCAGUGCUGACCAUCAUAAACACAUUAUGUCCUCCACAUUCAUUACAUAAGUUAUGUCACAGCUCUGCACGCCCUGCAUGUCUACAAGAGUCGCCUCGAGUCACUCUUUGUCAUGUUGCUUAACACGCUGUAAAUAUUCCACUGUGAUGGCAUCUACUUGUCACUGUCAGUCACUCUCACAUGAAGAGGCAGUUAAACACGGCGAGGGUGAGCCUUCAGUCGCACAAAGGUCCCGCAUAAGCUUUCAGGGGAUGUGCCUCGCAGCGCCGUCUGUGUCAAAUGUGUUUCAAGUGAAGAUUUAAGUUCAAAUUUCACAAAACGCUGUAAUCCUCUCUGCCAGCCGAGACAUGUUCCUUAAAUAUGACAAAAAAGAGACACUUUCUGAUGAACCUGAUUGGAUAAUGAGAUGCUGACAAGAGAAGAAGUUUGCCCUGAGAAACGUUGACGACAGCUUUAAUUAUUGCUGUCAAUUAAGAAGUGCAUCCAUAGCUAUCCUGUCAAAGGAAAGCACCAAUCGUUUGCUGAUUUAAGCGAAGACUAAAGUUUGAAAGUGCAGCUUUUCCUGUCCCUUCUGAUAGUAAGUUGUAAACAAAGUGAAUCGUAUCCCUCUGUUUUUGAAAAUUAAGGAAGCAAAUUAAGAAGCAAACGAGCCCUGAUCCAGCAUUAGGUUUGUUUGGGUUUUCAUUAGGAGAUACUUUUGUCUUAAAGUUUGACUUAACCCUUUCUUGAGCUUGCUCUGAUCUGCUGGAUGUUGCUGUGUUUCUCAAGGAUCAGUUAAGCAAAUAUGGCAUGCAUCAUGGACUCAGGAUGAUAAAUCUGAAAAAACUGAGAUAAUCAUCUCACAUAAUUCAGAAAAAUGUAGAAAAUUUUUACUCUUAAAAAAGAUUAAAUGUGUUCUGACAUUUUUCUGGACAAAACAAGCCCUCUGAAGACGUCACUUUUGAGCUCAGGGAAAACGUGAAAAGAAUAAAAUUAUUUUCUCCACAUUACAGGCAGAGUGAUUGCUAAGAGAUGGAAAAAAAACCAGCAAAUGGAAAUAUAAAUUAGUUGCAGCCUAAAUGCGGACAUUAUUUUUCUGAUAUGCAAUAAAAGAAAGCUCUGUGAUGGAAAAUCUGAGAAGACGUUUCUGGAGACGCUGCUUCUGCAAAAAUAAGAGGGAUGAGUGUUAUUAAGUAAACAACAUUAAAAAGUGCUUGCACUAAAACAGCAGUCUAAACAUAAUGCAUUUCAUGACAGGAAAAACUCUGCAAGAUUGAUGGAUUAAAAUUUACAUUUGGCGCCACUUAAAUACACGCACUUAAAUGUGCAGCCUAACUCUCUAAACUCGAUUAGCUAAGAAAAGACAAAACAUGUUAGAAAUUGUAUUCGAGUUACAUACUGACAUUGUUUUUAGAUGUGAGCAGAUGUAGAGAUGAAAAAAGGACAGUGUUGUUGUGAAAGGGGAGGUCAGUCAAUCCAAGCACACAAGACACAAGAUGAUACUCAAUAUUCAGCAAUAAACGAAUACAUGAUUCAUAAUGUCAAAAGUGUAAACAUAGAGCUGGAUGUGUAAGCACAGCAUCAUGAUGAUGUUAGAAUCACUGCAGCCAUCAUUAUUUUAUCUACAUGAUGGUGUAAAAAUGUGUGUGGGUGGAUGAAAAGGUCAUCGGGUUAUAAUUAUGAAAGCCGUUAGGUCCAUGAGUUAGUUUUUUCUUUCACCCUGUAAGAGCUCCUGAAGUUUGAGAAAUACUUUGAGUUUUAUAAUGCUCAAAAUCAAAGCGGUGCCACAAGUCUGCCAAUCUUCGACACUGUCACUUCUCAUGAGCUCAUGCAUGUGCUCUCUUUGCUGUUUCACUUAAGACUUCCUGACACGCCUGUCAGCCUUUAAAUGGUUGUUUAUCUCCUUUGACCACAGACACUUUAAAUGUGAUGAGUGACACUUCCAGUGAUAACAUUAAUCCGAAACAUUUGAUGGCAUGCAGGACGCAGCCGGGAAACUUUUUACAAACUUAUUACUUGUCAUUCUGAUAGACUUCAAACCGAACAGAUGAAUGCAAAUCUCCAUUUUGGUAGAUUACACAUUCAAAAAGGCUCUGCUGAGACAGCAAACUCCAGUGAAUGGGUCAGGGGAGGAGAAGGCGAGGUGCUAAUGUGCAUCCAAAAGGAAAAAACGGGAUGUUUAGCCAGGUCAGCCGGCGAUAAGUGAUUUACCCCAUAUUAUCAUCAUCAUCCUCAUCAUCAUCCAGAGGGCGAUGUCCCGUUCAUGUCUCAAAGGCGGCUAAUUAACCUCAACUCAACAGAGAGUUAUUCAGCCGCGCUCAGAGACAUGAAAACUGUGGUGUCACAGCUCAGCCAUUCUCAAAAUACUCAAUCUGUCACAACGGACCAAAGGCUAAGUUCAGCUGGUUAAGCUCUCUGGGUUCUCCAAGUCUGCCUGUCGCACUCUCAUGGCUCGUUGGGUCGUCUUGUUUUAGUUUUCUGAUUGCAUAAACAGACACAAAAGAUGAGUUCAGCUCUUCUUGUUUCAAAGCAAUGUUGCAUGAACGGUGCAACCAAGGCGUUUGUUUGUUAAAUCUCAGAACAUCAAUUCAUCUAAACUCUCAUUAAACAAAAAGGAGCUCUUCUGUAAGCGAGUAACUUUGGGGGAUUGUUUGAUAAAUUGAAAGGGAAAUCCAGCUCACUCAGGCUUGGUGGAGCCACUGGAGCUUAAACUCGGCACACUGCAGAGUCAGAGAGAGAGAGAGAGACAGAGAGAGGGAGAGAGAGAGGGAGAGAGGGAGGAAGAAGCAACAGCACACUAAGAUCUGUGCUCAAGGUGUGAUUAAUACUCGCUUUGGAUCCUCUAGGCAUGACAGUCUGCACAAGAGCAUGCAUGAGAUAGAAGAUCUUUGAGUGUGCUGCAUUUCUGUCUCAAACCUUCUUGUAUGGGAUGCUUAUCACCCAGGAAACAUGCAGACACUAAUCGCCUCGUGGACCUGGGUUGUCUUUCAGCUGAUAGAAUAUGAUUGCAUAAAAUCUUAAGAAGAGGAGGGACUUGCUUGGCUCUCUCAACUCCAAUCAGAACUGACAUUGAAUCUGCAACAAUACAAGAUAUGCUUUUACUAUCAGUUUAGUUGCAAUAUUUUGAAUGUGCAAAGAAGUGCAGCAAAGAUGCAUCGGUGAAAUUGGUCGUACAAUCUUAAACCUAUGAGGAUCAAUAAUUAUUAUUUAUUUCUUUUUAUUUUAUCUGUUACUCAGUUAUCUUUCCCAAAGCAAGCAUCUAUGUAAAAUGACAUCAGCAAUUUUUAUAUCUUUUUUUGUCUUUUUUCUGUCUUUUAACACCACUUAAAAUAAAUAAAUACAUUUCUCCCCUGUGAGAUUAUUAAAGGAACAUCUUGUCUUGUCUUAUCUUUCAUGGGCACAAGGAGAAAUCAGCAACAAUAUAUGGAUUCCCACUUUUUAUACAAGGGCACUAAGGUCAAAGUAGACUGAAAGUUCCACAUAGGAGCACAAAUCAACUUCUCUUAAUGAGUUUAAAUUAAAACUUUGAGUUCUGUAGACUUUGGUUUAAGAUUUUCUUUUAGGGAAACUGGCAUCAAAGUGAAAAUUUACAGGUGUUUGCUCUAUGUAUUCAUUAUCAAAAGAUACAUUUUUUAUAGAAAUCAUUUAUUUUUUUAGUAUCACUUUUUACCUUAUUUUAUUAAUAAAUUCAAGUUUAUAUUUUAUUGUCUGUUUUGGUCUAUUUUAAUAACUUUCAUUUUUCUUGUCCUGAUGCAAAGAACUUUGAGCUGCAAUUUCAUUUGUAUGAAGAGUGCUAUAUAAAUAAACUUUGAUUGAUUGAUUGAUUGAUUUAAGUUUAUGAAGCAAAAAUAUGAACAUAAUGUUCACAACAGUGUAAGUAAAUAACUUAACUGACCAUAACUGAUGGUGACAGCAGACUUUUUGGACUUGAGUGGCACUAAAACUGGUCAUUACACUCGCUGUGCUGAAGCUCCUCCGCCCAGACUGACUGGACAUUUUGUCAUCAGCUGGUGUUGCUGGCUUGCAUAGUAAUGCAGCCUCAGGCUUUAUUCAGUGCUAUUGCUCCAGUCCUUGAGAGUCAAUGUUGCUUCUACAUUAUCUCUGAUAGCACUCUAAGUAUCGCUCUGCAUUUGCGCGUACACGGCGCUCUUCUCCGGCAGUUUCCAUUCAACUGUUCAAUCUUCUGUUAAGAAAAGUGUUGUGCUGAAUAGCAAUCAUCGUCUUGUUUGUAUAUAUGUAGCCAUGAAGCACCUGAUUGCCUGGAUUAUGAGUUUGGCUCAUAACAUAGAGCGUGAUUGUGUCUGAUACUAAGGAGCCAUUCUAACAAUCCAUCAGGGUGAUUUGUUACCUCCCUGAUAUCCUUAGCACCUGUCAGCUCGGCAAUCACACCAUUAUCUCUAGACAUGCUGCAUCUGUCCCGUCACCCCACGUGUCUGUAUUGGAUUUGCGUGUCUUCAUGAUUGCAUCCCUUGUAAACAUGCAUAGGCUGGGGACAGUAUUACAAUUUUUAAUCUUUUUUUCUCUGCAAAUUUGGCCUCAUGUUACCUUCAUCAGAGAUCUUUUGUCUUGCUCUCUCUCAAUCUCAAUCCCCUGUUUUGCCGCACAGUGUAAAUCCUUAAACGGACAUUGCCUCUAAUUCUUUCCAUCUGCCAAUCCUGCUUUGUAUAUUUCUAUUUAAUACAAAUUGUAUUCAUCCUGCGCUGGAUUAUUUCUUUAUUUAAAAAAAAGCUUUUCAUCUAUUUUUACAUCUAGUGCUGCAGGCUGGAGGUAUUGUGCAACAGAUACAGAAAGAAAACAGCGGCUACCACAGACAAUAGAUGGUGUCUUAAAUGCAUUAGUACCAAAAUUGGUCAUGUGGUUUGAAACACUGGGACCAGGCAGGACAGAAAAAUAGCUUCUGGUGCGGUUAUUCAACAGUUGUCCCAAAAAACAUUUGCUUUCUUUGCUAACAAUGUUUCAGAUGGGAAAUGCUUCAGACACAUCUGCAACGUUCGAGUCCACCAUCUCCAAGGAGCAUGACAUCUUCAUGGGUUCACUCUACAGCGUCUUUUGUAAGUCUACACUAUCAAAACAACAACAACAACAAAUCUCUGUAGGCGUGCAGCUCAAUUUCUUUUCUUUUGGUUGCAGGUAUUCUGUCCCUCGUGGGAAACUGCAUUCUGCUACUUGUUGCAUAUCACAAGCGGUCAACCUUGAAGCCAGCUGAGUUCUUCAUCAUCAACCUCUCCAUCAGUGACCUUGGGAUGACGCUCUCAUUAUUCCCACUGGCAAUACCUUCAGCCUUCGCACACAGGUAUCUCCUAUUGUGCUCCAAAUCUCCAUUUUAUCCCCACUAUCUUGAGAAAUAUCACAUUCAAUUCUCAGGGAAAGUCUACUUUUCUGGUUGUGGUAGUGUGUGGGCAAAUUCAGCAGCAUAUUAUGAAUGUUAGUCAUUUCUUACUUGAAAAUACUGCAUAGUGUUUCAUGCCUAUUUAGAUGCUUGGCACAGAAAGGCUUUUUGGAAAGAGAAAAAAUAAUAUUUCUAUAAAUCCUACGCAGUUCAGUAAAAUGUGUUUAUGUUCUCUUGAGGUGGUUUUUACUGUUAUUGGAAAAAAAAUUUAUGUGCCGCAGUGGAAAUCAAAACAUCUGUUGAAAAAAAGUUAUGGAGGCAAACUUUAACUCCACAUGACUCAUCAGUUGUUCUUGUUAAACUGAAGGUAGGCAGAUGGUUAAAAAGCUUUUGGCCAACUUCAAUCAAACAACAUAGCAAGGAAACAGCAGCAGGUUACGCUGACGGAUGUCGAAAGAAAAGUAAAACCUUCCAAAUUACAGACAAGUUAAGUGUAGUACAUAGCCCACAACACCAACUAAAGUGUGCAGUGUUUUCAUGAAACCUGUUGUUUAAAACAUCUUUCCUUUAACAUUUCGAAGGCUCACUUGAAAGGGGUUUUUAUGACAAAACACUCUUUGCAAAAAGUUUCAGUGCAAGACUGUGCUUUUAGAGGGGGCUCUGGUUUAAAAUUAGGGCCCGACCGAUUUAUCGGCAAGCCAAUUAAAUCAGCAAAUUUUAGCCCGUUUGAGACUAAUCGGCCAAAACUCGCAGAUUUUCGCUGAUAUUUUCAGAAAUAAAAUGCGGAGAAUAAAAUCCGGUUUCACUUCGCAAAUGUUCCGCCAUUUGAAAAGUUCCCUGACUUAUCCUGUAGAUGGCGCAGCGACCUCAUGACAAUCUUCAUCCACUAACUACCUCACAGCGCAGCAGAGUGACGGAUCUGAGGCAGGCAGCUCAGGGACGCACGGAGGAGAGUGGUCCACCUCAACAGUAAAUAAACCAGUUUGUGAAAUACACAAUAAGUCAACAAGCUUCAGUUCAACCCACUUCACGAUGUUCCCCGCUGUGCUGGUCUCGAUCACGCCAAGUUAACGGUGAAUAACGUGAACAGCAGUAGCCUACAGUAUAUAUGCAUUUUUAAUAACUAAUUUUUAAAAAUCGGUCGAUUAAUAGGUAAUCGGACCCCCCCAAUAAUCAGUAUCGGCAUCGGCCCCAAAAAGUCCAUAUCAGUCGGGCCCCAUUCAAAAUCAGGAAUUAUGAAAAUUGGUUUGUUCCAAUAAAGCUAUGACAAGCCCAUACCUACACCAGCCUUCCUAGUUAUGUAGAACUGAUAACAAAGAUCUGUUUAGUUGCAUUUCAUGUCUCCGUCACAUUUCCCUUUUCUCCUUGUUUGUGCACUCAGGUGGCUGUUUGGAUCAUCCACCUGUCAGGUCUAUGCUAUGUGCGGAGUCCUGUUUGGUUUAUGCAGCCUGACCAACCUCACUGCCCUCUCCUUGGUGUGCUGCCUUAAAGUCUGCUUCCCUAACUAUGGUGAGAGGACCAUGAACUUCACUCAGGGACGAUGUUACCAACACCCCAGGUUUCAGCAUGAAGAGACAAAAUAAAAGCCUCUUUUUUUAUCUCCUGUCUGCUCAGGUAACAAGUUCUCCCCGAUGCACGCCCGCCUCCUGGUGGUUGGAGUGUGGUUGUAUGCCUCUGUGUUUGCUGUGGGGCCCUUGGCACAGUGGGGGCAUUACAGUCCUGAACCGUAUGGCACCGCCUGCUGCAUAGACUGGCACGCACCCAACCACAAGCUGUCAGCGUUGUCUUAUAUCAUCUGCCUUUUCGUCUUUUGCUAUGCACUGCCCUGUACUGUCAUCUUCCUCUCCUACACGUUCAUCCUGCUGACGGUGCGGGGGUCGCGUCAGGCCGUCCAGCAGCAUGUGUCACCGCAGACCAAGACCAGCAACGCACACACUCUUAUUGUCAAGGUCAGAGGAUUUAAGUGUGUAGCUCCAGCAUUAUUGAGUUCAGGUUGACAGGAUAAGUGUUCAGAGGUUUUAAAGAUGUUUUGCUGAUGAUGACAUGUUUUAUCUGCACACUAACACCUGGCUGAUAUGGAACUUUUUUGGGACAAUCAUAAAACUUAAAAACUUUUGAACUCUUGCUCGGCACACUUUGAAAAAGAAAAAAUAAAUUAUUGUAAAAUGUGACUACAAAUAAGUGACUAAAUAUAUCAUAAAUGGUCAAUAAGGUUUAGAUCUGGGCUUGAUGCACACUGAUGUCACUAAACUGUUAAAUAGUUUACACUAUUACCCUCUUUCCUGUCAUGCUCACUCUUUCCCUCUGCUUUGCUUACCCACACACGCACUCGCCUCCAUCUUGGCACUACAAAAUGGCUCCUUUUUCUCCACCUGUGGCUGAAUGAUAAAUUGUAAUACCAAAGCUCGACAUGUUGUUGAUAAAUAAAUCCCCACUUGACACAUUUUGUUUUAUCCUAAACUUCUUUGCACUUUCAAACUCUGUUGCCAUCAAACUGAAUGCAACGUAGCAGGCGAAACAUUAAUUGUUUUACCACAAUCAUCUUGUUUUAAUGAUCAGAGGAAGCCAAAGUGAUCAUCCAAAUUGGAUUUUGAUUACUUGCUCAGCCUAACUACUUAAUCAAAUAAUGUUUAAGCAUCUUUCUUUCUGUGUGGGUUGAGAGAGUUUGAUCACUUGCUAAUCAAUAAACAUUUAUUUAACGUUUAUGUAUUACUGUUGUCUCUCUCUCUCUCUCUCUCUACAGCUGUCAGUAGCAGUUUGUAUUGGCUUCCUGGGAGCCUGGAGCCCAUACGCUGCAGUGGCCAUGUGGGCAGCGUUUGGAGAUGCCACGCGAGUUCCCCCGGAAGCGUUCGCCUUGGCUGCAGUGUUCGCCAAAUCUUCGACUAUCUACAACCCAGUGGUCUACCUGCUGUGUAAGCCAAACUUUCGGGAGUGUCUCUACAAAGACACGACCAUGUUACGACAGAGGAUCUACAGGGGAAGCCCGCAGUCAGAUCCCAAGGAACGAUUUGGAUCCACUUUACAGCGCAACAAGGAUUUGAGCAUCUCCACACGCUUCUCAAACGGACAGCAGGAGAGCUAUGGGGCGUGUCUGCACUGUAAUGAAAAUGCAGUGCCAUGCCACCUGACCACACCCCAAAGGACAGCGUGCAUCUUAAGCGGAUCGACUUACAAAGAGGUGGCGAUGAAUCAGCUCACGGUCAAACCACAGGCGGAUUUGCUCUAGUCUCCAUCUUCCAUGAAGCAAACAAAGACCGGUCAGGAGCUGUAAAAGACAGAAACACACCUGAGAAGAUUUGCCACACAAGUGUACGCCUGUAAAGUCUUUGUAUUUACUUCUGAUUCAGCAUGUUCCCCGUUUCAUUUGUUUUAAUGUACAGUUACUAAAAUUCUGACAGAGCAGAAAAUGAGACUGGAGAAUCCCUGCUGGUUUUCAGCUUCAUUAGGCAAAUGCGUGACAUUUUAAAGUAGCUCAUCAUCUUUUGCACACAGCAGGAACAUGCUUUUUAGUGUGGGGAUAAAUCAUGUUAGCGUCUGUCCAGUACAACACAGAACACAUCAUAAAGAAAGAGACGUGCAGAAUUAUUAUGAUGGUUUAAAGGAGAUGAUUCCUGGUUUCUCCUGUGAAAUCACGUCUAACAGAUUAAUAUUUAACCAGCUCUGUUUAGGACAUGUGCACCUGAUGUGCGUAUGCAGACAACAUGCUGGUGAGGAUGACAUGGAAGUGGUACUAAACCAAAAUGAUUUAGUAUUCAGCCCCUGUAGGCUUGGAUGUUUUCAUGGGCGUUUUGUCCUUGUCGCUGCUGGAACCCGUUCAAACAGAGACAUAAAAUCAAACAGACAGCUGCUCUUUUCACUAAGGAAUCAAACACAGACAUAUAGCAGCUGGUUUGAGCCUACAGGGUAUGAGAAUUUGAUAGUAAAAAAAAAACUGCUGAAGCAGGAAUACUGCAGGUAUUUUACAUAAGAUUGAGAGACUGAAAAAGCAAAAUAUAUUUUUUAGAAAACCUCAUUUAAGUACUGAGAAAGCGGAUGUAGAAUCGAGUUAAUAUCAUUUUACAAGCAGCAUUUUUUAGCAUAAAUUUUGAUUUUCUUUCACGAAAAUUCUCCACAAGUUUCUCUCUUUUGUAUCAUGUGGCGAUCUCCCCUCCAGGCUUCCUUCGUUCUGAUCUUAACAUCAGCUUGAUUAGAUUAUUUUCCUUUAAAAAAGGGACUUCACUUUGUAAGAAAACACAGGAACUAGACUUCCGUGAAAUGAGGGAAAUAUGUUAUUCAAGAAGUUCACCAGAGCCUUUCCGAUGAUAUGGUCUAUUGAGAAAACCUGAGUAACACAUCAAAGUCAUAUAUUUUUAUACCAACAACAACAAAAAAUAGAUUUUGAAUAGCCCAGAGCAGCAGAAAUAUCAGAAGCUUCAUGCUAAAAUAAGUAUUUUAAAAAGUGUUCAUAUAUUUUUAAUCUUUGUUUUAUAAUCACACUCUGACUAAGGAACAAAGAUUCAUCAAGUUAAUGCAAAUUAAGUUACAGAUGCUCUCUUGUUUGUCCUCUGCUCCUUGUUGUGUUAUGCUGACAUUUGUGUGUAAAUUCUGUAAAAACAGAGAUAUAAAUUCAAAAGAAUGAUCCUUUGGAUUUCUUUGGAUCAGCCAUGUCUGAUUCUGCACGUGUCUCCAAAGGCUGACUUGUUACUCUGCCUAAAACAAAAUAAAUGAAUAAAUUCACUAACAGCACUUUGCUCGAUGCUGCCUCCUUUUAAUGUGGUACCGUGCUGUGUUGCUUUAUGUAUGCAAAGUAGGUAAAAGAGUUCUGUCUAUAGUGGUAUUAUUAUAAAAUCAAUUCUUGUGCAGCCUUAUUUACUUAAGAAAAUAAAAACAUGGAAUCAGUUUGUA